AUGUCCGGACCAGCGGAUAUCGCCGUGGUUUCUUUCGACCGUUUCAUUCAUGGCGAUGACGAUGACAGGCGUGCAGUGGCGAAGCAGCUGUACAAUGCAUUUUCAACCGUCGGUUGGGUGUACCUCAAGGAUCACGGUAUACCACAAGCACGAGUUGAUGAAAUCUUUAGUCUUGCAAAAACCUUCUUCGAUCAGCCUUUGCAGGAAAAACUCAGAUGGCGACUUCAAGAUGCUGAGCUGAACCAAGGCUAUACAGCCGAUGGCGAUGAGGCAAACGGCGGCGUUGACCACAAAGAAUGUUAUGAGCACCGCCGUUUUGCAAAUCCAUGCUGCCCGGCCGAUGCUGACCUACCUGACUUUCGCAAGACGGUCGAUGAUUUUUACGCACAAUGCCUGUCGCUAGGUCUCAAUGUUCUUAAGUGCCUGGCGAUAGCCAUGGACCUUGGCGAAAACUUCUUCGAAAACAUCACAAAAAGAGCAGACCCGCAACUGCGACUGCUUCACUAUCCAGCUAUCGAGAAGAAGAUUGUAGAGCAGCAAGGACAUGCUCGUAUUAUCCCCCAUACUGAUUUUGGACUAUGCACAUUGCUCUUCCAGGACUCUGUUGGCGGCCUUGAAGUCGACCCCUUCCAUACUGGCGACUUUAAGCCUGCACUACCCGUAUCUGGCACUGUCCUUAUCAAUAUCGCCGACCUCAUGCAGCGACUUACAAACGACCGGUGUCGAAGUACAAUGCACCGAGUCGUGAGCCCGCAAAUGUCGGGUGACAUGCUGCCCUCGAGGUAUUCAAUGCCAUUUUUCAUCCAUCCGGACCCAGAAGCUAUGAUCGAUCCCAUCAUCAAAGAGAAGGGAGAGGUCAAGAGGUACGAGCCUGUUAAUGCUGGGGAGUGGCGAAUCUACAACACACGAAAGAACUACACAAGCUUGUCGGCAGCUGCAGCUUAA